CUGAGAAGAGUGGCUGUCAGUGAAGCUGACGAACACGAACUGGAAUUGGAAUCGAAGUGGAUUUAUCAGUACGCGUUUGAUAACGCCACUCUUUCAAUACAGGAAGAAUGCUGUUUAACAUUGUUGGCACGUGCAGAGCAUAGUGAUGACGAGCGUCGGAGGAUAUCGAAGGAGGCACCUGAGAAGAUUAAAGAAGCACUCAACUUUAUUCGUAAUCAAUUGUUUGAGGUGAGUUCAUUAUUGUGA